CAACCAAUAAAUGAGCAUAAUUUGGUCUCAUGACUUCCCACAAUAUUUUCACAUUUGGUUUGUGAUUGUGAGCAACAAUGGUGGUACUGAAAGGAAUACCCUCUAUACUUUCGCCAGAUUUGUUGUAUACGUUGGCUAAGAUGGGCCACGGCGAUGAACUGGUACUUGCUGAUGCAAACUUUCCAGCUUCAUCAACUUGCAGAUGUGGGCCCAGUGAAAUACGUGCUGACGGUCUGCGGAUUCCUGAACUUUUGGAAGCCAUAUUAAAGCUGCUUCCUCUCGACACCUACGUCGAUAGGCCGGCUGCCGUUAUGGACCUGGUGCCGAGCGACAGGCAGAGCGGGCUGGCCGUGCCGGCGUGGGAGACGUACAGCGGGCUCCUGAAGGAGGCGGGAUCGGAUAAGCCAUUGGAAAAGGUUGAGAGAUUUGCAUUUUAUGAACGAGCAAAGAAAUCCUUCGCCGUUGUGGCCACUGGGGAAACAUCUCUGUAUGGUAACCUGAUCAUUAAGAAAGGGGUGAUUCCUGCUGAGGAUCAGUGCUGACCAGUGAGUUUGAGCACGUUUUGGUGCCGUACAUACAGCACUAUGGAACAGCUUGAGUUUGAGAUGGCACAAUAAUGCUUUUAGCAGGGUCAGGUGGCUGUUUCGAACCUGUGUUUCAUCCAUCCUAAGCUCCCUAAAUUUAACCCCAAGGUGUAAGGUGGCGACCUGUUCACAUCUGUCCAGCGGUCACAACAGGCUACUGUACGCGUCAGGGAAUGGAAACGUGUACACUGGAUCUGCAUCAUUCUUGUAAUCAGUACAAAAUGAAUCUAUAAUAAAUUACAACAAUCUUAUUACCUUGAAUGUGUAAACCAUAUUUUUUCAACACGCCAUUUAUAAUGUCAUUUAAUCAAUGGGUGUGUUUACAUGCACACACUCUGAUCUUACCCUGAUUAUGGCAAUACUGUGAACGCCUUUAUCUGAGUAUCUUUAUCAGUGGCACCAUCUACUCGCCAAACUAUUUCACGAACAGUUGUCCUCCAAAUGUAUUUUAUGGGGCUCUGUUUUAUUGUCAAAAAGAUUUAAUUAGGGUUUAAAAAAAGAUUGGUAAAAACUAACCAUUUCCAAUUGACUGACUGCAUUUCCAAACCAAUUAUCUUCAUAAAUAAUAUAAGACUGGAAUUCUCCAGCGAUUCAAAUGCAAUCUGUUACUAGGUUGCAGGAAAGCGUGCCAUUAAAUUAUAAAAGAUCUACAUCAUCAAGAACAGCCAUAACCAGCAUGCAGCACAGAAAAGAU